UAUUUAUAAUUUACUUUUUAAAGGAAAAAUAUAAUAUAUUAAAAUAUAUUUAAAAAUAAAUUAUUUUAUUUAUCAAAACGAGUCAAACUGAGUUAAGUACCGACUGACUCAUAUGAGUUUGAAGCAUCAUCUAAUGUAUACUGAUCACCAGUAGUAAAUCUCCACGAGUUCAGAUUCAGGAGAGAUUUUUGUUGGAACUAGUUGUGCUGGGAACCACAGGGUAUCUAAAAGCUCACCUCUCCUCAAGAAUUAGAUAUUCAGUUGUGCAGGGAACUCCAGUCCUUCCCAGAUGAAGGCUUCCCUGUUACCCUGCAAGAACUCUCUGUUUCCUGCUGUCCUCGACUGCGAGACCGUUGCUUAAAAGAUAAAUUAAUGAAGGCUCUGCAGCAACCCAGCAAUCAGAAUUCCGUGUGAGUUGGGACAAACAAGGAUUGUAGGAUCUGCAGCAUUCCAUCAAUCAGGUAUUUGCAACUUAUUUUGUAAUUUGUUAUUGCACGAUCAUUUGCAUGCUUUUUAGAGUGAAUGUCCUGUUUCUUGUCAAAAUUAUGCUGCCUGAAACUUUUGCCUAAAUUAAGCAAGCUGUUCUGCUUUGCCUAAUCGGACGGGGUCUGUUUAGCCCUAAUGGAUGGUAUUCCUCACGCGCCUCCACUUCGGGCUUUUCCUCUCUAUAUAAGCCCCUUGGGAUCUCCGCUUACAAACCCACAAGAAGCUUUCAUAGAGAGAGAGAGAGAAGAGCCUUUUAGAGGUUCCGAAGAGGCAGCAGAGGUUUCUUCGGCUGCUGUGGAAAGGUUUCUUUCGACAAGAACAGAAAAGUUUCUGCAGCAGUUUGCUUCCUUGUUUGUUCCUCUAAAGUCUCUCAAUUUGAAUCGCAAUGGCUUGCUCUUUCUCAAACGCAAAGUUUCUCUCUGCUUUCAUCACCAAAGCAAACAGGCGAGGAUUUUCAGCGACUGCUGCUGCACCACAAGGAGUUGUGUCCACGGUCAAGAAAACUGAGGAGGAGAAGAUUGGAUACUCCGAAAAGGUGGCAUGGAUUCCAGACCCCCGUAAUGGAUGCUAUAGACCAGAGAAUGUAGGGGAGGAGAUUGAUGCGGCCGAGCUAAGAGCUUUGCUGUUGAAGAAGCAUUGAACAUAGAAACGAAUAAAGUCUUUUUCUUGGUUCAUAGAUGUUAUAUCAAGAAAGGAUGGAUGAAUCAAGAAUCAGCCGCCGAUCUUUGCAUGUCUUUUGCUUUAUACAUUUUCUAUGGCUCCCCUGUCCUCUCCGUUUAGGACAAGAAGAAUUCUUACCUUGUAAUUCUUCUUUCACAUAGGAAUAGAAUGAUUAAUUUCAAUUUAGUGCAUAUGAUUUCAUUUUUAUAUGCAAAUCUGCUAAGAUUAUA